GGGAGGUAUUAAAGCCGUUAUUUGGACAGACGUCUUCCAAUUCUUGAUCAUAAUAAUAGGAAUGAUCAUCACAUUAGCAAUGGGUUGCAGUCGAGUUGGAGGCUUCGCAAAUAUGUGGAACCUGUGUCAGAGAGGUGGAAGAAUCCAGCCAAUAGACUUUGACUUGAACCCAUUGACGAGACAUACCUUCUGGGGCCUCACUAUUGGUGUUGGGGCAACCUGUACACAUCUGUAUGGAGUAAGCCAACCUGGAGUGCAGCGUUUUUCAGCAACACGAUCACUCAAAGAUGCCAGACUGACCAUGCUAACAGUUAUUCCCGCCGUUUGUGUGAUUUAUGCGCUGACAGCUCUUGUAGGGCUCACGGUGUAUGCCUAUUACUCUCACAUUCAAUGUGACCCUAUGGUUAUUGGAGCUGUUACUAAUAUAAAUCAGAUAUUCCCCUACUUUGUAAUGGACGUACUUGCAGUUCCAGGCGUACCAGGGAUAUUUCUCGCAGCUAUGUUUAGCGCAGCAUUGAGUACGAUAUCAUCACUUGUAAAUUCCCUUGCUGCAAAUGUCUGGGAGGACGUUCUUAGAGAUCGUUUUCCAAAUACAAGCCCUGCUAGGGCGACGCAUAUUACCAAGGGAUUGGUGAUUGUACUCGGGAUUUUGUCGACUGUGAUGGCGUUUAUUGCUAUGAAGAUUCCUGGUCAAAUCUUGCAGGUCACCAUGGCAUUGAGCGGAGCAGUUGGAGGGUCGGUUGUUGGGAUGUAUUGUCUUGGGGCCUUUACGACCAGCUGCAACUGGAAGGGUGUAACAGUGGGAGGAUGGGUCGGUUUUGCUUUCUUAUUGUGGAUCGCUUUGGGGGCGUUCACGAUCAAAUCCACGAAACACAUCCUUCCCCCUGCGUCAACCAACGGAUGUUAUGUUGAAAACGUCAGCGAACUCUUUAAUGAAACUAUUACAACGCCAUAUUCAACCAAUGAA